UGUUUCGCAUGGAGGUUAGUACCGUCUCGGUGACGCUUUUUCGUCGGAAGGUUAGUAGAUGAUGAACCGGAUUGAUUUUCUCUCUGGGGCGAGAGCUCUCCUGCGACGCUACCGGUUGCAUUUUUUUUUUCACCACCCCAGUGACGUCACGCGAAAAUAUAUCACUACAAAAUCAGCAACAAAAAAAUCAACAUUCGGGGAUGAAUAAACCAAUCUAUCGGUAUUUAUUCAAAUAAACGGUAAAAAAUGAGGAGACGACUUCUUGCUCCAGUAGAAUAAAUCGACAGAAUUAUCGCACUUUCGGUGCAGAUCUGGAGUCCAGGGAUUGGCUCAAGCAAAUAUUCGAUGGUGCGUUAUAUACGUUGACUGGAAAAAUCGCAAUUGAUGGAUGUUGAACGGUGGAAGUGACUCGGCAACGUCGGAGAGAAUCGUCGGUACUUCCAACGUUGCCAGACACAACUACAUAGCGCAUUGGAGUAUUAUACCAACUAGUGUAAAAUCGUCGUCUCCUCUCCCCGAUGACGUCACAGGCCGCACGAUAAACCGAGGCACGUAGCCACUGCCAGCCCGGUUUCCAUCGCCAGAGCGUGACUUACACUCGAAAAAAAAAAUAUAUAUAACUUCUAUAACUCAACUCUUUCUCGGGGCUGAUUAAAAAAAAUUUUUUUUCACACGAUUUUUCAUUGUGUGAAUUCUUGGGAUUACGUUAUCACUUUGUAAAUGAGCAUUCCGUCGCUUUCCUUGUAGUGAUAAGAAAUAUUUAAUAACACAAAUAUUUAUGCAAUCAAGUUAUUAAUGGGAAUGCAGUAGUUCUCAAUGGACCGAUAAAAUGCAGUGGUUUUGCUAUUAAUACAUUCUAAAUUUUCCACUUGGGAUUUUUUUUUCAUUCUUUUCUUUGGAGUUUUUAUAUCCACUUAAUCACCGCAUAUCUCGCUGAGUUGCGUGUUAGGCAGUUGGGGACGGGUGAGAGGGAGAAAAAGAGGGGGAGAGAGAGACAGAGAUGGAAAAACUUGACGGGCCGUUACGUCACUUUUAAUUAUCGCUUUGAUGCGCGCUAUAUCGGUUUAAGGAAAACUGGUACGACGGAGGGGGGAGGGAAUGAGUGGAAAAAUUAUCUCACUUGAUUGUGGCAGUAGCAAACAAGUUUGCCGUUGAGGCAUCUCGAAUUUCGCGAAAUUGCGAAUUGCUGGUGUAUUGUCAAUGUCAAUUUUUUUCUGAUAUUCUGGUGACUAAGGGGGCUAUCGGGGGAAAAUGUCGGAAUUUGGCGGUUUGGGUGGAAGGGGCAUUGCAAUCAGUUGAGACAAUUGUUUUAAAUAUCGUACCAACGUAAUGGGUUCAAGGUCGUGCAGAUUUAUCUGCUCUAGACGGAAAUAAAUGGGGACAGAUGAAUAUUUUAAUGUUUUGAAUGAAGAAUGGAAAUUACAGGAGUUCGAUCGAUAUUUGGGGAGACGAAUUUAAUGGGAAUUAGUUGGGAAAUUGAUGAGGGGAAAUACUUGAUGUUUUUUGUCAUUUUAAAGUUGAUGGGAGGUAACUUGAAUUUUAACGAGUAAGAAAGUUGAAAAAAUGUAUUACUAGAAAAAUGAUGGAGUGUGGAGAGAAAAAUACAUUAAAAUCUAGAAAAUAUCGAGAUAAAAUAAACAUUAGGGCAACACUAGGAGAAAAAGGACAUUUAAAAUUUUCUUGAAGAUUAGAUGUUUUUCUAGAAUCCAGUAAAAAUUUAAAGAACUGCACUGAAAAUGCCUCUCAAAAUUUAUCAAAACUACAACUGUACACACCAUGGAACACAGGGCUCCAGUGUUGAUUAACGUCAGAACUGCGACGUUUACGAUUUAUUUAUGUCUGGCCGAGUCAAUAAAUUGUUGAACGAAAAAUGACUCCCAGAGAGGGAGUUAUCACAUCCUCGCCUGUCUCGCUUAUCGGGAAUAAUCUCACUUUUCGUAAAUAGAGAGUCACGUUACCAACUCAUGUUGGCGAUGAUGUCAGAUCGUUAAUGUCAUUUCGUCUCGAGUACAUUUAACAUGGUAAAAUUAAUAACUAAGGUGAAGAAUCAUCUCGCCGGAACGAAAGAAAAGGCGUGAAUGAGUAAAGAAAAUUCAUCGUGGUGUAAGGCGGUCAACGACUGGGGGAAUGGGUUGUAAAUAAAUUGCGUAACGCGUUUUAAAAUCAUACGAGAGACCGAGCACGGUGAAAUCGAGCCGGUGAGGUACAAAGUGUCUCUUGUUGUCUUCUGAUGCUGAUGUUUGUAAUAAUAGUAACGAGGGGUAUGGAGCGUGAAGGCACCUGAGAUAAAAUGGAACUGGGUAAAACUGACUGUGGAGUGAAUACGCAGGAGAAUAUUAAAAGUAUUGAAGAUUAUUUAGAAAAUCAUUCGCGAAUGUCUCUGGAAAUGCUGAGGAAGGAUUCCAUGGGCUCGGAUACUCUAGAGGCUAUACUAAAUGCGGAGAGACUCGUCCAGGAAGCCAAGAGGGUCAUUGCUGAGACUCGCAGGAGGGCUAUUCACAGCAAAACUGUCUCUGAAGGCUGUCCAAUAAUGCACCUGACCGAGGAAGAACUAGAGAUAAAAUCCUUGGUAUUCGCCAAAUUCGACGAAGCCAACGGAAGAACAUUGCGAACUAAAUUAGGGUCCCUCCCUCCAAAUCCGCCCCACCACCCCCAAGAAGUCAAUCCUCCCCCCAAAACACUCUCCAUCAGGACCAAGACCCCCUCCAUAAAGACGCCCACGACUCCCCGUUUACUGCCCUCAGGCUCUCAGCCACCCUCUAGCAUUGAAAUUCAGAGAGGGCCACGGGUCGACAUAAGGAACAACCUCUCCUUCACAAAAAUGUCACCCCUCGAUAUCCACCCCUGCAGCCUGCCCUCUAGACCCAACACAGGCACUUUCCAGCUGCGCCAUGUAGCAUCCAAACGUGUCACAAUCGAUGAGCCCACGAGUUUGAUCGAUGCUGGCGUGCAAACGAGCCUGCGUGACUCAUCGAAAAUCCCCAUGUUUGAAGAGCGAGAUGCACCUUCGAGGUCAGGUCCCUCUGACCUCGACCAAAAUAAAAUUGAUGGAUCGAACGAGGUGCGCCACGCUCAAGUCACCGGAGAUAAUUUUGGUGGGGGGAAAAUCGAUGGUGAAGGUCUUAGAGCUGGAGCUGGAGUUACCCAUUCACCAACGAGCAAAAACGAACCUAAAAGACUUGGCGCUAACACAUUCAUCGAUUUUUUAUUCGGGAUGAAUGCCUUAGAUGCUAAAAAAUCGGAGAAAGAAACGCCUGGAGAUUGUGAAAAUUCUCCCUCAUCCCCUAUGAGCUUAACAGCCCCUGACACAAGUACAGUCGACAGAUUACUUGACAAAGUCGACGAGAAAUUAAAGACAAUAACAAGAAAAACGAAGACGCUAGAUCAAUUAGGCGCUGAAAGAGAUAGAAAUAAAAAUCUUGAAGUUGCUGAUGGACUGAUCAAGGAAAAGAAUAGUGAGUGCGAAGUGGAGGUGCUGCUGAAGCCCAGAUUUAGGUUCUCCAGCUCCUCCAGUGUAGCAUCAACGGAGACCUUGCCAUCCGCGAGGCUCUCAACGCCCCUGAACAACACGAUGGAUGCAUCGAUCGUGCAUAUUCGAUCACGAAUGGAUCAAAGGGCAAGGGCAGUGGUCACGUCUGCUGCUGUGUCAGACUCUGAUAACGUUGGAUCCUAUGUUAUUGAUGGAAUUGUACCUAUGACAAGGAAUGAAUUAUUGUACGAUAAAAAUAAUAAAGCCUUUGGUGAUGAUAAACCUUCACCCUCCGAGGAAUCUGCGACGAAUGGAACAGACGAGACUGUAUCGUUAUUUCCGACGUAUUCGAGUGACAAAUCAGCGGAUUGUGGGGUCCAGAGGUCAGAAAGAUCACUGAGAAUGAAUCGAGACUCUGUAAAUCAUGAGAUAAAAAUAAUGAAUGUUGAGAGCUUCAGGAUUGAUAACGAUAUAACUGGGGGUCUUCGGGUACUUCCGGGAGAUGAGGAUAAUAAAGGAAAUGAAGGACAUUCCGAGCAAUUAGGUGAGAUUUCUGGAGACGUUGAGAAUGAAGAACACCAGGUGUGUGGGUCAUCCGUUCGUGAGGGAACUUCCCAGGAUAUCUCAAAGCUUUCUUCGGAGAUUGUGGGAGGCUCCGGUGAUGAGAGGAGACAUUCGUCACGGAUAUUGGAAGGAAAUGGUGGUGGAGGUAAGAAUGGAGGGGAUGAAGAUGAAUGUUCUCAGGAGGGACGAUUGAGACUACCUGCAGGAUAUUCAGAGAAAGAUUUGGUCGAGAAAUCCUCGAAGAGUUCUAUUAGUCAUGAAGGAAUUUCUUCGGUUUUGUUGGGACACGCACAGAAGGAUUCUGGAGUUGAGAAAAAAGGUCUGGAAAGGGAUGGAGAUGAUGGAUGUCAGAAGGCAGCUUCGGAGAAAUCUGGAGAAGAUUUUAGAAAGAACUCAGGGGAGGGCAGUUCCCCUACGAGUUCCGUUAGUAAUGAAGACAUAUCUUCCGCUUUGACAAGACAUUCAUUGAGCUCUGAUAGUUCUGGUGGAAGAAGGAAGGGUUCUAAAAGUGAGAAAGAAGGUCCUGAAGGGACUGGAGAAGGUUGUGAGAAGACUCUGGGGAAGAGAAACUUCUUCAGGAGGUCUAUUAGUCAUAAAGGAAUAUCUUCGACGUCGUCGAGGCACUCGUCUACCUGCGGCAGUUCUGAUGGCACUAGGAAGAGCUCAAUGACUGAUUGCUAUUCGGAGGGAGAGCUUUUCGUCUCCAGCUCCUGUGGGCACUCCCUUGGAGAAGUCGUGGGGUCCAGUAGGAGUGGAGGGGUUGUCAACAAGAUACGCGUUAAUUUGCUGGCGAGUCGAACGUCGUUGAUGACUCAGGGUUCAGCUGAAAGCCCUGGCGAGCUCUUGGACACCGACAUUGACUCGAAUUCCAUGAGUGCCCAAGCAGUUGUCCUUGAACGUAUCAGAACGUAAUUCGAAGCUCGAAAGACAUAACCUGCAUUCGUUAGUAGGAUUUUUUAAUUACACUGGA